AUGCCUUCCAUGCCUGGUUUGGAGGAAGCCUUCCCGGGAGAGGGCGGUGAGUGGAGAGGAGGCCGUGGGGGUGGCCAGGCGGCCCCUCCUAACCACAGGACCCAGCCGACACCCCCCCGAACCUGUGCCCAGGGGCGUGGAUGGGGGACCAGCGUCGCCAAGUCCGCCUGCUUGGCUUCCAUCCCCGGGCAUGGGCUGCGUCCCACCGAGACACAGGCCACGCCCGCGGCUCAGGGAGCACAAGGCUGCACCUCUGGCAUCGCGGGCUUGCACCCAGCACUUGGUACAGGUCAGCGAAUCCUGCGAGCCGGGCUGCCGAGCCCGGCUGGGAGCCUCCCCCGCACUCGCGCGGCUACAGUCGCCAACCCGGGCGCGCGGACGCGCACACACGGGGAUGCUGCGGGGCGCAUUGCGCCCGGUCCCGGCGCCCCCGGCUCGCGCCCCCCGCGCGGGGUGACACAGCCAGCUCCCCAGGAUCUUGGUCUGACCGCCAGGAUGAAGGUGAGGCGGGCAACCAAGACCUUCGUGCGGAAGCCUCACCGUCUUAAAGAUGGGGGCCUGGGAUCCGACACCCCCUCAGGUGGCAGCGGUGGGAGUGUGAGUCAGGAGGGAGAAAACGGUCAGGAGAGGAGCAGCAGCCCACCGCGGCCAGCAGUCUCAGCUCCCAAGCGGGCCAGUGAGGUCGCUGAGGAGACCGUGUCGGGACGGCAGAAGCUGCACGCCCAACAGUCAGAACAGCCGCCGGAGCGGCAGCCACAGCGGCAGCCACACAAGCAAGGGUCAAGACCUCAGCCAGAGCUGCAGCGGCAGCAAGAUGGGCGAGAGCCGCUGCCCCAGCCGCAGCCAGAACUGCAGGAAGAGCCCCGGUCUGUGCCACAGGGGCCGCUGAAACCGCGGCUGCGGCUGAUGCCGCGGCAGAAACCGUCACGGGAGCACAGGCAGGAGCUGCAACAGGACUUGCAGCAGGGAUGGCCGCAGCUGCUGCAGCAAGAGGUACAACCGCUGCAGCCAGCACUGCUGCAGCAGCAGCAAGAACAGCUGGAGCUGUUGCUGCAGCAGCAGCUGCAGCUGCAGCAGCAGCUGCAGCCCCGGCCCCUGGGGCCGGAGGAGGAGGAGGAGGUGGAGCUGGAGCUCAUGCCGGUGGACAUGGAGUCCGAUCAGGAGCUGGAGCGGCAGCGGCAGGAGCUGGAGCGGCAGCAGGAGCAGCGGCAGCUGCAGCUCCAGCUUCAGGAGCAGUUGCAGCAGCUGGAGAAGCAACUGGAGCAGCAGCUGGCACAGCCGCCGGAGCUGGAGAGGCUGGAUGGAUCGGAGUGUGGUCCUGACCAGGAGGAAGAAGAGGAGGAAGGAAAGGGGGAGGAGGUGGAGGCGCUGGAGGAGGACCAGGUGGAGGUGCUGGAGGAGGACCAGGUGGAGGCGCUGGAGGAGCGGCUGGUGGAGGAGGUGGUGGUGGACAUGGACGUGGAGGUGGAUGGCACGGUGGAAGAGGCGCUGGCAGAAGAGCAGAGUCCAGCGUUGGGGACCCAGGAGCGCCCCCGCGGCGGCAGGGACACCGAGUCGCCAGGCCUUAAGGAAAAGGCCCUGCAGGCCUCCCGGGCUCCAGCCACGCUGAGGGAUGAGGACCUGGAGCCGGAGGGGGACGAAGAGGAGGAGGAGGAGGAGGAGGAGGACGCGGACGACUCCCUGACGUCUGCGUCUCAGGGGCUGGUGACCUUUGAAGACGUGGCUGUGUACUUCUCCCUGGAGGAGUGGGAAAGGCUGGACGCAGACCAGCGGGAGCUCUACAAGGAGGUCAUGCGGGAAAACUACGGGAUUCUGGUGUCCUUGGGAUACCCAGUCCCCAAGCCGGAUCUGAUCUUCCGGCUGGAGCAAGGAGAGGAGCCGUGGGUCCCGGAUAGCCCCCGUCCCGAGGAGGGAGACAUCGUCACUGGCGUCUACACAGGGGCCUGGUUCUGGACCGACGACAUAGAGGACCACGAGGAGGACGACGAGGACUUCCUGGCAGAGGUGGCGGCGGAGGAGAACGAACCCCCGGGGCUCGCUACCACGCGGCGGUCAAGCCCUUCGGCUGCGACGAGUGCGGCAAAGGCUUCGUGUACCGCUCGCACCUGGCCAUCCACCAGCGUACGCACACCGGCGAGAAGCCCUUCCCGUGCCCCGACUGCGGCAAGCGCUUCGUGUACAAGUCGCACCUGGUCACGCACCGUCGCAUUCACACGGGCGAGCGGCCCUACCGCUGCGCCUUCUGCGGCGCGGGCUUUGGGCGCCGCUCCUACCUGGUCACGCACCAGCGCACGCACACGGGCGAGCGGCCCUACCCCUGCCCGCACUGCGGCCGCAGCUUCAGCCAGAGCUCGGCGCUUGCACGGCAUCAGGCGCGCUACCACGCAGGCGAGCGGCCACACCGCUGCGCCGACUGCGGCAAGAGCUUCGUGUACGGUUCGCACUUGGCGCGCCACCGCCGCACGCACACCGGCGAGCGGCCCUUCCCGUGCCCGGAGUGCGGCGCGCGCUUCGCCCGCGGCUCGCACCUGGCGGCGCACUGGGCGCACGCCGAGGAGAAGCCGCACCGCUGCCCCGACUGCGGCAAGGGCUUCGGCCACAGCUCGGACUUCAAGCGGCACCGGCGCACGCACACGGGCGAGAAGCCCUUCCGCUGCACCGACUGCGGCCGCGGCUUCGCGCAGCGCUCCAACCUGGCCAAGCACCGGCGCGGCCACACGGGCGAGCGACCCUUCCCGGACCGGGCCUGGGGAGCACGGCAGCACCCUGCUGGAGUUCGCGGGCGGAACGAGCUUCGGCUCCGAGCCGACGGCCACCUUCGCGGGGCCUUCGGGCGCCUACGAGGAGACCAUCCUGUGA